AAAAGAUUUAUCAGUUCCUUUCGAUUUCAAAGGAAUUUGUUACUGAAAUCAUCACGAAAAAGUCGGGAAUCUGUUUAUCGAUCAUAUACAGAAUUGAAGUAGAUCAAUUGGGAGAGAACAAGAUGUUGAAACUAACACAUACGGUUAGGGUUUCUGUUUCAAAUUAUGAAAUCUCCCGGAAACGCUAGAGAUUUUCACAAGUUCGCCGCAGCGGGAACCGCCACCGCCGCCGCCGCUGUUUCAGUUCGAAACUCAGAUACUUUUUCAGUUAAUGAUUGUGCUAUUUUCGGUUGCCUUUCACCAAUAAGGCCUGUGAAUAUAUCUCCUGUUGAAUCAGACUUCUCUGAUUUUAGUUUUCCUCCAAUAUUCAGUUUGCCGCAUCUUAAUCCAUUUCAACAAGUUAGUCAAAUGAGAAGAUUAAAUGAUGAGUGUGUUCCUAAUCCUAAAGGUUCACAUAAAAGCGGCGCACCUUUAGUGAACUUGGUUAAUACCUACUUGGUUAGUCCUGUACCAGCAAAUGGUGAAAACCCAUCCCGAUUAGUCAAUUCAAUUUCAAAUUAUCCUGGUAGUGACUUGAUACCAACACCAUGUGAUGAUAAGAAUGAUCAAUAUGGCUUUGCCAAUUGUAUAGAUAUAUCAUCAUCUGAUAAUUAUCCAGUUGAACCAGAUUCAAACGAGGUUUACCAAGAAGGUCAUGGGCAUACACGUCUUCGGUUUCCAAACGCUGAUCAUCCAAUUCCCUAUCAUACAUUCAACAAAAAUAUGAACAGUUCAAGCUCGCGGGCUAAUCCUGCUGAUCCAAAGGUGAUAGAAUCAUCAAAUACAGCACCAGCUGCAACUAACAGGUGUAGGAGUCCUGUAUUUUCAACCGUCUCCAAGCCAACUGGUUUUGGCUUGCAUCUGAACAGCCUUUGCAGUUCCAUGACACCUAAUCCUGGAGCAACUGUUAGAAUGAAAACAACAGACAAAGAUUGUUACAGCCUGCAGCCAAAUAAUAAUCUUUUUAUUCCAAGUUCUUCCGAGCCAGAAAAAAUAGAGAGUAGCACACUAAAUAUUGUCAAUCCAGUUUCAGAAUAUGAUUCAAGUGAUCAGGGAAAGUCCCCAUCAGAAUUUUAUAUGAAUCAAGUCAACCGCCCAAAGAAAAGAAAGAGGGUUGCUGAUGAAAAUGAUGGUUGCAAGCGAUGCAACUGUAAGAAGACAAAAUGUUUGAAACUUUAUUGUGACUGUUUUGCUGCUGGGGUUUAUUGCGCUGAAACUUGUACUUGCCAAGAUUGUUUCAAUAGACCUGGAUAUGAAGGGACAGUUAUUGAGACUCGCCAACACAUUGAAUCCCGGAAUCCGCUUGCAUUUGCCCCGAAGGUUGUUCAGCAAUAUUCAAAAUCACCUGCUGUUAGUAACAGGGAGGAUGCCACCAAUCUUUCAACUCCAUCUUCAGCAAGGCACAAAAGAGGAUGCAACUGCAAAAAGUCUAUGUGUCUGAAGAAGUACUGUGAAUGCUAUCAGGCUAAUGUUGGAUGCUCGGAUGGAUGCCGAUGUGAAGACUGUAAAAAUAGCUUUGGUAAAAAAGAAGAUUAUGUGCUUACUGAAGAUGUAGUUGCUGAGGGAACCAUUAAUGAGACAUCUGGAAGUACACAUGAUCAAAUAGCCUAUCAGAAUCGCAUCUCUUGCAGUCCUUGCAACUCAACAUCUUUGGCACCAGCAUUUCUGGAUACUGGGUAUGAUCUUUUUCAAUGUGAUUCAAAUGGGAGCUUGUUUUAUAUAGGGUUAUUUUGA